UUCCAACAAAAAUAAAACAAGACAAAAUAGCACAUACGGCAGUAAUAGUUAUGAAUAUAUGAGCAUGGCGUAUGAUGCAGAACCGCGCGGGUUCAUAAUAAUUGGUGCAAGUGCAAGUCGCGAUUAUUUCUCAUUGCCCACAUUACGCUGGCGGACGAGUGCGGAAAUUCUUAAUGACAUUUAUACUGUGCGUCCCAGACAAACAACAAAAGAAAACUAACAACAAUAACAAACCAGACAAAAUUCAAUAACAAAAUAUAAGUGAAUCGAUUGUAAAUUAUUAUAAACUUGAUUAAAGCGAGACAUUUUUGUGUUGAAUAUCAUUUAGAGAGUUUGCAACAUGCAGUUUUUCUGCAUUCGCUAACGACGUCAUUGCGUAACGUGAUAGUUAUAGAGUUGCGUUUCCAUUUCAUUUACUUUCUCUUGAAACCAAUGCCCGGCGUUGGCCGCUAAAUCGCGAGCGUAAACAUGGCGACAAGGGUCCCCUAAUGCCCCAAAGCACACUUUACAACGCACACCCACAGCCAGUAUAUAAAAGCAAGCGCGUUCCUCAUAUCGACGCAUUUUCUCUUAAUCGCUCGCGGUGAUUCUUUCAAUCUUAUUUACUUUGUUUCAUUUCAUCUUGUGUGGAUUACAAUGUUACUUAAAACCAUAUUUUCGUUAUCAGUGAUAAGUUUAACAUUGGCAGCGUAUGAAGACGAAAAAUAUUACCGUACACCUCCACCCCCAAGGAUAUUAUCACAUAAACAAACACAAAACCAUGAUGGCGGCUUCAAAUUCGCGUUUGCCGCUGAAAAUGGCCUAGCGCAAACGGAAGUAAUCGCUCCGGAUGGUAGCCGCAACGGCGGCUAUACCUACGUGGACCCACAUGGCAAAACCAUCACAGUGAAGUACACAGCCGGAAAGGACGGUUUCCGUAUCCUUGAAGGCGAGCACAUUCCACGGGAAGUACACGCUCAUCCCAAUGACCGCCCUGUUCACCAACCACACUAUGAACACGAUGACGGAUCGUACAAACCCGAACGCGAUGAGCAUCCUUACGAUGACACUAAUCCUGCGAACAAACCUGGUCUUCAAGCGUAUCGGGCACCUGUAUACCACCAGCAAGUGGCCCCACAGCCUCAUCCACAACCACAGUUGCAACUGCAAUACAAACCAAACUUCGCUCCACCACACUAUGUAAAAGCGUACAUACCUCAAGGACAUCCAUUGCCACAACCAAGGCACUACGCACCCGUUCAAGUGCAAGCGCCAGCGACCGAACACGAACAGUAUUCGAAUUCUGUUGAGUCCGAUGUGGUUGGAAAAGCACCGGUUUAUAACGAUGCCCCUGGAAAACCCUAUAGCUUUGGGGCUGGUUACGCAUUUUCCUUCCAGAACUAACCGAAUCUAUCUCACCUAGUAAUCAUCGCGUUCCUCCACUUUUCACACAACCUACAACUAAAUAAUAUAACAAUCAAUAUCUGAACUAAGGCUGUAAAUACGCUAAACAUACUAUAACAUUUAUACCGAGUGAUAGUGGUCCAUAUAUAAUAUCACUCGUUGUUGUUCUUCGUUAUAUUGUUAUUUUUACAAAUAAAAAUGUGAAAGUCAUAA